GAGAAAGAGAUGUAGUGGUCCUAGUCCAAAGUGCCGGGAACCAUAUUAAGGCACCUUCAAUGCAACUAUCGAUAUUAUAAUGCGUACAGCACUACGAGACCCCUAUGGAAUGUUUUUUUCGCAUUUAUACCAUCUGUAUUCUCGAUACUUUAUGGCCUACCGGGAUAAUAUCUAUUUAAAACAAAUGUCAACGUCAUAUAUUAUCAACUGUCAAGUUGCUUGUGUUUUCGGUUUUCUUUCGGGCAUUUUUUGGCUUGCUUUGUUGCAUUUUUGCAGAUUUCUUUUCGUAAAUUUACGGUAAAAGUUUAUUUUUAUGACGAAGGAAAAUGGCAGCAGGCCCAAUCGCUGAAAGAAAUCAAGAUGCCACCAUAUAUGUGGGUGGUCUUGAUGAUAGGGUCUCGGAGAGUUUGCUAUGGGAGCUCUUCGUUCAAGCUGGACCUGUGGUCAAUGUUCACAUGCCAAAAGAUCGUGUGACACAGACACACCAAGGUUAUGGAUUUGUUGAGUUCAUGGGUGAGGAAGAUGCUGACUAUGCUAUUAAGGUGAUGAACAUGAUAAAACUCUAUGGUAAGCCAGUACGAGUCAAUAAAGCAUCGGCACACCAGAAGAAUCUGGACGUGGGAGCUAAUGUUUUUAUUGGAAACUUAGAUCCGGAAGUUGAUGAAAAACUUCUUUAUGACACAUUCUCUGCAUUCGGAGUUAUUUUACAAACACCAAAGGUCAUGAGAGAUCCAGAGACUGGCAACUCCAAAGCAUUUGCGUUCAUAAACUUCGCCUCAUUUGAAGCCUCAGAUGCGGCUAUUGAGGCAAUGAACAACCAAUACCUAUGUAAUAGACCGAUUUCAGUGUCAUACGCUUUCAAGAAAGACGUCAAAGGAGAACGGCAUGGUUCUGCUGCUGAAAGAUUACUCGCUGCGCAAAAUCCUCUAUCGCAUGCGGAUCGACCUCAUCAACUGUUCGCGGACGCGCCACCAACUUUGAUGGGGCCAGUUCUCAUGGCCCCCCCGCCUCCCCCAACCCCAAGCCCGAUGCCUCCCGGCCCCCCAAUGGCUGCAAGAAUGCCACCACCUUUACCCAUGCAAGCUCCCCCGCCACCACCAUCGUCUAUGCCUCCGCCAGGCCCACCGCCGCCCCCUGGCCCUCCUCCGCCCCCUCCCCCGUUCCACCACUUCCCUCCACCCCCGUUUGGCCCACCAGGGUUCGGCCCACCCCCGCCCCCCGGCGCCAGGCCCCCUCCCCCGUGGAGGCCCCCGCCCCCACAGUUCAGGCCCCAGUUCCCCCCUCGUGGCCCACCGCCGUUCGGACAUCCACCGUUCCCGCACCACCCGCCUGAGCCGAAUUAUAAUUAUUAAGGAAUAUAGUGUAGUUUGCUGA